CCUUUUCCAUCAUCUUCAUCAUGAAUCAUAAUUAUAAUUAAAUGGCGUUGUCUCUUAAUUAAUUACCGACCUUGCUAUUAUAUAAGAGGCCUCAGGACUCUCACCCUUAAUAUUCAUUCAUCUACUCUUUACUCUUGCCUCAGUUUCAUUCAUCCAUACAUACAGUUAUUCAUUUCCUUAUAAACUCCGGCAGAGCCAUAUCUAAUUAUGGCUAUACCUUACAAAAAUUCCAGGACCUUGUGCUUUUUCUUGAUCCUGAGUUUUGGCCUGUGUCUGGUAAUUACAUCUGCAGAGCUUGAGAGAUUCGAACACCCCACCAAAGAAGAUGGAUCACUUAGUUUCUUGGUACUUGGUGACUGGGGGAGAAGAGGAGCUUUUAACCAAUCUCAAGUUGCCUUUCAGAUGGGAAAGGUUGGAGAGAAGCUUGACAUAGAUUUUGUGGUUUCGACGGGCGAUAACUUUUAUGAUAAUGGAUUGGCAAGCGAACAUGACACAGCAUUUGAGGAGUCAUUUACCAAAAUCUACACAGCAAAGAGCCUGCAAAAGCAGUGGUACAGCGUGUUGGGCAACCAUGACUACAGGGGUGAUGCAGAGGCUCAACUGAGCCCUCUUCUUAGGAAAAUUGAUAGCAGAUGGACUUGCUUGAGGUCUUUCAUUGUCAAUACAGAAUUAGCAGAGAUUUUCUUUGUGGACACCUCUCCUCUUGUCAAUAAGUACUUCACAAACACAGAGGACCAUACUUAUGAUUGGCGAGGCAUUACCUCUCGCAAGGAUUAUAUUGCAACCUUAUUGAAGGAUGUUGAGUUGGCACUGAAGAAGUCCUCUGCAAAGUGGAAGAUAGUUGUUGGUCACCAUGCAAUUAGAAGUGUUGGGCAUCAUGGUGAUACAGAGGAACUUAUAAAGCAGCUUCUCCCAAUCCUUCAGGCCAAUGAUGUCGAUUUUUACAUGAACGGGCACGAUCAUUGCCUAGAACACAUCAGUGACAUAGAAAGCCCAAUACAAUUUCUAACAAGUGGAGCAGGGUCCAAAGCAUGGAGGGGAGACAUCAAGGGGUUGAACAAAGAAGGGCUCAACUUCUUUUAUGAUGGUCAAGGCUUUAUGUCUGUGCAGUUGAAUCCCACGGAUGCAGAGAUCGCUUUUUAUGAUGUUUUUGGCAAGGUUUUACAUAGAUCGCAUUCUUCCAAGCAGCUUCACCCAUCUAUAUAAAUUAAGUUUUGUAGCUCCAGCCUAGAGAAGCCUAGAGGGAAGAUAUUAUAGAUUCAGAUUCAAUGCAGCCGCAUAUAAUAUAUAUAUUAUAGAUUGUUGCCAGGACGAAGAUUCAAUUACCAAAUGUUCUUAUUUUUUAAUUAAUGUACCUCAGUUGGCUGCAUCCUUAAUUACCAAAUUGGUUGAUUUUUUCGACCACUACAGUUA